UAUUUCUACUAAUUAAGAAUUUAGAAAAUGAGCGAUGUAGGUCACAAAUUCAUAUAUGUGAAAGCAUUAAGAUUGAUAUUAAUAUUUUCUAAUAAUGAACAAGUUUACGAAUUUUUGCUGUAAAAAAGUAAUUUUAAUAAAUUCUGAUAUAAUAUCGAAAAAAAACACACGAGGUGAUUUAGAAAAAAAAAACCAUAAGAAACAGAAUAUUCACAAAGAAGUAAUUUCAACAAAAUCAUUCAGGGCCUUAUCAACAGAUAAUGCUUAUAAAAUUUCCUUACAUUUUUAGAUAAGUUCUCCACACUGACUGAUGACGAGGUGUACGUGUUAUUCUGUUUUCUGUGUUCUGACUCCGGUCCUCCUGACUUCACUGACACAGAGUGGCUGGACUUACUUAAUGAGAUACGACAGAGAGUGUACCGUAAUAAGAAUCCUGUAACACGUGAGGAAGCACAGCAGACUCUGGACAGACUGAAGUUACGUGAUUACCUUUGGGAAAAUCAGGACAAGAUAACGGAGGACACAAAGGAUGAGACAAUGUAUAGGAUAGCAUCAAUAAAACGUGAUAUACCAUUCAUUUACAGUAGUUAUGACACAGCCAGUAUGUAUCUGAGAUCAUACAGAUACAACAGAAAACCUGGAGAGAAGUGUGUCAGUGAACUUGGCUGGGAUCACUUACUGAUACUCCGUCUACAGAUGAACAUACUGACUCACGUCACCAUGGAGGACAUGAGUAUAUAUAAUAUGAUACCCCAUUUUUUUAAUGUUUCAAAUAACAUCCUAAAGGACAAUAAAGAUAAAAAAGCAAAAUUAUUAACGGAUCUAAGAAAAGAAGGGGAAGUCGUACAUUACAGAGGAAGAUCACAGGACAGUGUAGAUCACGUGACGUGGCUCUGGAGAUACAAGAACUGGGCUAGACCUGACAUCGUGAGAUCCUGUAUAGGUUUACAUCCACACUGGGACAUUUACAUCAUCGACAACAAAGCUUACAAGAAAACAAGUAAAAACAUUAGAUAUUAAGUUUUAUGUUGGUUUAUAACGUGCCAUUUCUUUACCACUAGAUAAAUUUAUGCUGGUGUCCCUAUUCAUGAAUUUGACUUGAGAACAGGCUCAAUACAUGAAUCUAACCCCUCCCUCCUCCCA